AUGCACGAGAGCAUCGCCCGUCACGUCACACGCUGUCUUGGCCUCUUUGCUAACGCCGUCGACGCCUCCGAAACAAGCACCCUCAAUUUAUCGGUAACUUUUGACCGAGGCGUCAGAGAUGAGCAGUCAAGGUUCAAAGUAUGGUCUGGUAAUAUCGGGGCUCAUCGCACAGGAUCGAGCUCGCUCGAUCACCGCCUCCGAGACUCUUCGAAUAUCCGAAACCAAGUCAUAAACCUCCUUCGCGACCUAAACGGACUCCUCGAAGACGCCAUUGCCAUUCUCACUGGGGAGGAAUCGUCUUGGGACCAGAUCGGCAGUGACGGAGGUGUUUUCUUGAAUCAAGAUGCCGAGGACAGCGGCUCAGUCGAUACAGAGCUCGAGCAGAUUUCUGCCGACUUCGCCGACGUCGUCAACUGUCUUAUGCGCCUGAGCGUGGCCAUCCGACAUCCCGCGCCUCACGAUCGCUUCGUCGCAUCACAUGCGAUAGACACAUCGCACUAUGAGCGAUUCGACAUUGAGCAUGUCUAUUCAAAGUUCAAAUCAAUUGACCCAGGACUUGCAGAAAGAUUGGGCAAGGCCAUAAGUCGACGCCGCCACUUCUUCAAGUACAGAGAGGCUCAUCGCAUGAAGCUCUCACACGGUCUUGACUAUCAGUACCUCGGAGAUGCAGAGACAAUUGCAUCAUCGCUACCGGAGCACCUCAAGGAUAAACUUGGCGCGAGCCAAGUUUUUCGGUUGCCUGUUCUUGAAGACAGCUGCUCCGAUGCUGGACUCUCCCAGACGUCGUAUGCAACAUCUACGGCGGAUGUCGAGCAACGCCGCGUCCCAUCACUACCUACAGAAGCCUCCAAAGGUCCAUUUGAGUGUCCUUUCUGCUACAUGAUGAUUUCCGUGACAGAUAGGCCUUCCUGGAAGUAA